CAUAGAUGACACUGGAUAUUGCGUCACAGUGUCGAGCGGAAGCAGCUGUUUCUCUUCCAACAUGGCGUCUGUAACAACAGCCACCUCGGAAUGGAUCCAGUUCUUCAAGGAUGCUGGAAUUCCUCCCAGCCUGGCUGUGAACUACGCCUUGUCCUUUGUGGACAACAGGAUCCAGAAGAACAUGCUGAUGGAUCUGAGUAAGGAGAUCAUGAUGGACCUGGGUAUCACGGUCAUCGGUGACAUCAUCGCCAUCCUCAAGCAUGCCAAGCAGGUGCACAGACAGGACAUGUGUAAGAUGGCCACAGAGGCCAUCACCUCAGGACAAACCAGUGUUCAGGCAGAGCUGAGAAGGACCGCCAACACGCCCGCCACACGUAUGAUCGCCAACGCUUUGAGCCGGGACUCCCCGCCGAGCACGCCCGUCCGUCGCCCUGACAACCGCCUCUCUGUGACCGUGUCCAACAAACAAGCCGGCAAGAGCACAAAAGCGGUGCUGAGCCGGCCGGCGGACGAGGGCGGUGCCGUUCCGGUGAAGCGCCGUCGGGUGACGGCGGAAAUGGAGGGUAAAUACAUCAUCAACAUGCCCAAGGGCACCACUGCCCGCACACGCCGCAUCCUGGAGCAGCAGGCCAAGAGAGACAAGGGAAUGAAGCGUACCUCAGUGUUUGAGAGGCUGGGGGCAGAAUCCAAAGCAGACACUACCACCGGCAGCAAGCCCACAGGAGUGUUCAGCCGGCUGGGCAGGGGCGACGAAGAGGAGGAUGAGGAAGUCGGAGCUGGGAACAGAGGGGCGCGCCGGCCAGGGGAUGAGGAAGAGGAGGAUGUGGGUGAGCAGGAGGAUGAGGAAGAGGAGAGCGACGGUGAGGGCUCGGUGCUCCAGUACGCCGGCGUCCUGAAACGGCCCCUCCCCUCCCUGAAGCGGGCGGCCGCCUCCUCCAGUCAACCCCCGCCCAAGCCGCCCGCCAAACCCGCCCCCACCACCCUCCGUCGCCUGGGCAACAAGGCCAAGCCUCCCCCCUCCCCGUCCCCCCCCUCUAACUCCUCCUCCUCUCCAGAACAGCCCCCACCCUCCAAACUCAGCAUCCUGCAGAGACUGGGCAAGCUGCCUCCUGCCACUCCCCCUGGCCCCGCCCCCCAGCUGCAGCCCGACACCCAGGACAGCCGCGUGACCAGCACCCGGCCCAAAGCGCUGGCCAGCUCCAAGGUCAGCAGCAGCACCGGCGGGGGGGACUGCGGGGGGGCCCAGAUGGACAAUGCCGGAACAGUCAGCGUCUUCAAGAGACUGGGCACCAAGAAGACCUAACCCCGUAUCCCAAACGUCCCACACCCUCCCCUGUCUUAACCCGUCACGCACAGGACAAGCAGUGUACCUCACCUCACACUCCUCCUACAGGGACUUGUAACCCCCCCAUACCCCCCCCCCCCCUACCAGGUUCCCCGAGCAUGCCAUGUCAGAAAUUAGAAUAUUUUUAAAAAGAAUUUGAUGUGUUUUAGUAAGGGGCACAGCUUCUGCUGCUUGAGCACUUUGCUGGGCAGCCAACCCAAAGGUUGUGGCAUCGCCUCGUGUGAUACACACGCUCGUCCCUCACUCCUGGUGACCACAGAAGUGACGUCUACUUUUUUGCCUUUUCUCUUCUUUUACUUACGAACCCUGAUAAGGUGUCUUUUUUCUUAUGGUUAAAGUUCUUAUAAUUAUUGAUGUGGCCUGGCACAAACUAACACGGGAAUGCUUGUUUGUCCCUCUCCUUUUUGAUUUUCGGUGUUGGAAACCAUAGAUACACAGCUGCUAGAUCAGGCAUAAUCUGGUGUGCAUUUCCAGCCCUGGUUCAUUACGAGGUGUGCAUGCAGAGAACCUGAGAUUCUGGAACAGAAUAAAAAUCAGUGCAGUUUCUCGCAUUAAUUACGAAGACUAAACGGCAUUGGGGCUUUCUGGCUCACAUACAACUAGUUCUUUUCAAAUGCAAGUCCAAUUUAGCACUCAAGUAUCUAUGGUGAAGGCACUGUUGUUCACUGAAGUCGACACUUGCCCACUUGCUCUAAAAAGACUGGUGAUAAUGUUGAAGAUGUCCUGCAUUUGGAGUAUUCAGGUGUGGUCUUGCGAACAGCAGUUAAGAGCUGGGAAUGGCUAACGGUUUCGACCACGCAGGAGCAUCUUUUUACCUCCCCCUCCCCCCGUCGUUAGUUCUCACCUGUUAACCACUCUGCUGCGGUCAGGACCCUACCUUUGAACUGCCAGCCAUGCAGACGUGGCCAAUCAUUUUAAUACCUCGAUGAACUAGGCAGCUUCAAACCCCACUCCCCCCCAUACCUCUGAAGGGGGAGGAGCAAAGCCUCAUCAAGGGUGCACCCUUGUACUCGUCGGGCAGACCUGCGAGCUGGAAGUCUGCCAUGUUUCCUCUCCUCUGGAAGCUCCAGUGCCGGACGGGACGGGUGACCAGCGGGGGGGCCUACAGACCCACGGACUCACUUCUACCGUGUUUUGUGCUCCAAUCGCAGAUUUUGUAUUUUCAUUUUACUUUUUUAAUAUAAAUGUAAUGCUACACCAGACCUUUGCUACACUGUGCAGAUUUCGAAGUUGCCACAGGAAAAAAAAAAAAGUGUUUAGCGGGCUGGUGUUUUUUAAAGUAAUGGCACAAGACAUCUUGUCUUGCAGAAGUUUUCUUGAGGAAAAAAAAAGGGUAAACACUGA